AUGGGGCAUGACUGGGUUUGGUUGGAUUCUGAACAAGAUUAUCCUAAUGACUCUGAGCUGAGCAACGACUACAGGUCCGUCUUCAGCUCAUGGGACUCCAGUCUGGAUCUUGAAGUGGGCAGCUGGAGGGAAACAGAAGAGCCAGGAGGAGAGGAGCUAGAGGAGAGCGACUUAGGCAGAGAGUCCAGUGACCCCCUUAUGGGGGAUGGAGGCAGUGAGGAAUCCCAGGAAGAGACAGAACAAUUCAACCACCAGAACCUCCUUCAUUUCCUCUCUGAGGUAGCCUACUUGAUGGAGCCACUGUGCAUCAGCAGCAAGGGGCCAAGUGAGGGCUGCAGGUCUCAGCCUGGCUCUAGGAAGCAAGAAGGAAGGGAAACUCCAGAUGUUGAGGGAGAGGCAGGGGAGCCGUGCAGGGAGAUCGAGGAGUUUCCAGCCAAGGGAAACGGCUCAGUAGCACAGAAGGAGCUGGAGGGAAAAAAUGAGAGGCCAGAGAUGGCCCCAGUUUCCUCAGAUAUGUAUGAAGUUCAGGGGCCACCCCCAGAGAGUGAAGAGGGGGGGACAAAGGAAGAGCCCAAAGAAGAAAAGGGUGAAGGAUGUGUCUCUGAGGUAGAGAGCAGACCACCUUUGGGUGAGUGUGAUGAUGGCCACAACGUUAAGGAGACUCCAUUGGUGGAUUUAAAUUCCAGCAAUGCCUCUUCCUCCAAGAUGACUGCUCCAAACCAGGGUGAUCUUGUCAAGGAACAGCUGCUAUUCAAGAAAACCCUCCUUCCAGUCUGGAAGAUGAUUGCCAGUCACAGGUUCAGCAGUCCAUUUCUGAAACCUGUGUCAGAUAGGCAAGCUCCGGGGUACAAGGAUGUGGUGAAAAGACCCAUGGACUUGACCAGUCUGAAGAGGAGCCUCUCUAAGGGACGUAUCCACAACAUGGCCCAGUUCCAGCGCGAUUUGAUGCUGAUGUUCCAGAAUGCUGUAAUGUACAAUGACUCUGACCACCAUAUUUACCACAUGGCAAUAGAGAUGCAAAGAGAGGUCCUAGAGCAGAUUCAGAUGAGGAAACUGAGGCCCAGGCCGGCGGCUCCGGCGGCAAGCCUGACCUUAACCCCUGACCUCGGCUGUGCCCGGCCGAGGCCUUUCUGGAUUCCGGGGUGGGGGGGCCCUAUCUCAGAGAUUGUUCGAGUUGAAGAGUUUUCCUUUGUUCCUAAGAGUGAGAGGCCUUAG